CAGGAUUUCUCCUGGUUGUUCUGGAAUUUGUUCUAAAACCAGGCUGGCCUUGAACUCGGAGAUUUGCCUGCCUCCGAGUUCCGGAAGUAAAGAUGUGCACCGCUGCACGUGGCUCAGAUGCUUUCUCUUAAGAGUCUGGUCCUUCACCAGAUACCUGGAUCCCCAGGGACGGGGGUGGGGCGGUCUGCCUCCCAGCUACAAGUCUCUAUAUAUGGGUCCUAUCGCUCAACAGUCUAGUCGUGCGGGGUCCUUAGAAGGAGGAGGCCUGUUGUGACCCUGCGGGCGGGCUGCACGCUUUAAUGGGACACAUGUUACUGCAUGGCCCCCACAGGCCCUGCUUGCGACUGGCUUUGAGCAACCACAGGCAGAAAAUUGCUACAUUGUCCUGACAUUAGGGCGACUAAUUCAGCAUCCCAGCGUGGCCAGAGCGUGAAGGGAGCAGAAAAGCAUCACUGGCCAGCAUCCUUGCCUCAGCAUCUUUAUCAGGCCUCAGGACACCCAGAGCUCCACCAUCAUCAUUUAGGACGGCCCCCAGCUCUCAAAGCUCCCUGCCAUAGCGGAGGACCACCAGAAGAAUGCUGGCUAAGAAGCAGCCAGGACUUGGCAAGCAGACAUAGUGAUCUCCAAGCCUCUGAUGGAGAAGAAGCGCCGUGCACGCAUCAACGUGUCACUGGAGCAGCUGAGGUCUCUUCUGGAGAGACACUACUCACAUCAGAUACGGAAACGAAAGCUGGAGAAGGCCGAUAUCCUGGAGCUGAGUGUUAAGUACAUGAGAAGCCUCCAGAACUCACUGCAAGGACUCUGGCCAGUACCCAGUGGGGUGGACUACCCGUCCGGCUUCCAAGGCGGCUUGCGUGGCGUGAGCCAGAGGCUUCGGCCCGGAGAGGGAGACAGCGGCCUGCGCUGCCCCUUGCUGCUCCAGCGCAGGGAAGGCAGCACCACGGACAGCGCCAACCCACAGGCGACCUCUGUUCUCAACCCUUGCCUCCCGGCCAUCUGGGCCCCCAGUCGCGCUGCAGGUGGCUCCCACUCCCCGCAGUCCCCGCUCCCUCUCCCUGGAGGUCUCCUUGAGUCUUCCACCGAUGUUGUGGCACCACAUCCUGCAUCAAACUGCCAGGCCGAGAGUACGAGACCCGGGUUUCGCGUGUGGCGACCGUGGUGAGACGUAGGCAAGGAUUUAGACUCAAGCUCUCUCCCCACGUCCCCAUCACCCCGCCAUCUAGUCUGGGGAAACUAUUUUGGGGCACCCAUGGUGACUGCAGGAACUCUAUCAAUCGGUGGCCUGGGGGGGGGGAGUGCAGGAAAUCCACGGAACCAUUGGCGAUUCGGGUCUGCACUGCUAGGUGAACUCAUCCACUCCAGCCCCACCCACUCCAUCCAGACCAGCUCUCUACCUCCCGCUUCUAGAGAAGAUGGGAGGGGACGGGUGAGCUGUACCCCUUUCCCAGGGACCCGGGGCUGGCAGCCCGCCCCUGCCCCCUCUCCACGGCUGCGUCACGGUGAGAAGGUCGCGGUUGCUUGCAGCACAGAGCGGACCCCUCGCAGCGAGGAGAAUCGCUGCCCCGCCCUGGCCCAUUCAACCGGCCUCGCGCGCUCCGUUCCCACCGGCACAAAGCGGGCCGGGCUCCGCCCCUUCAGCAAGGGGCUCCCAUCCUAUCACCACCCAAGACCUUCUCACUACCAUCGAAACCCAUCACCCCCUCUACACCGAUUCCACACUGCUGGGGCGCUCUCAGGCCCUCAACUGCGCAAAUACUUAUGGCUGCGGCGUGCUGGCGUAGAACAUUGGAUCCGCCCCUAAGGUACUUGCGUGCCCGACGCCCCGCCUAGCCACAAUCUAUAGUCCUGGGUCCCACCCAUCCCUGCUUAGCACUGCUGAGACCUGAGCAUUUUGUGUUCUGCAAAGACCACUUUAGUGCCUUCUGAGCCCUGGACUCGAACUAAGAGCCUGUUAGUUACCAUGAGCGUCGACUGUGUUGGGGAGAGGGCUCCUGUCGUGGACCAGUCUGGGGUCCAGUGCAAAAUCCCAGAAUCUCUUAUUACCAAUAUACAAUUAUGAAUAAAGACUGGGCGUGAAUACAGAGACUGAGACCUGAGUGCACCACAAAUAUCGACUAUGGGGUAAUUUCAAGUUUGGGGUGACUCUUGCCCUGUGGGUAAACUUGCCGGUCUUCUCAGGAUUCUUUACAACUUGGCUAUCCCACCUUAACCCACGCCAUCCCACACGCAAGCUCUUUGGAUCACGGGUGAGUGCAGAAGUUCCAGCUAUGGCCAUCUCAAAGUGGCCUCUGGUCAGCUACCCAGGUGGGAAAAACGCCAAGAUUUUUUUUCUCUGCUACCGCCAGGUGGCGGCCUCUCAGCGAGGACCAGACAGAGCCACCGGUGAAUUUCAGGGGCAUCAGAAUGUGUGGGAAGGUCAAGGAUCUCACAGGGCACACACCCAGUCCUAGUCCUGAAUCAAGUUCACAGAGGGGGUCGAAUCCUAGCCUUUAUCACAGGUGCCACCUGUGACAAAGGACCAUGGGCUUUGGGGCCCACAUGCUGCUUCCUACAGUUGAGGACUCAGGUCUGUCUCGAUGGCCAGGUGAGACUGCACCAUCUGCUUGGAGACAUGGCAAGUCCAAGGGAACGUACUGGCCUAGGCUUCAGGCUCUAGAUGUAGAGAGACUUGGGGAGCAGGCGGUUCCAUGAAACCAGCCUCAGAAGGAUGUGUGCAAACCAUGAGGAAUUUUUUAUUGGGUCCUGUACAGAAAAGAAACGCUGUUUUGUUUUGUUUUGUUUUUUCCAAAAAAAAAAAAAA